AUGAAACAUUUCCUCGAAGUAUAUAAUUCCUCAACACAUUCUACAACAGGACAUACACCAAAUUCAAUGACACAACAACAAGAAGAAAAGUAUAUACAAAAGAAACGAAGCCAAACACAAAAUAUCAGAAAUUCAACACAAUUUACCCUCAUUCCUGGUACAAAAGUUCGUGUAGUUCUUGACGACAAACCGUUGACAAAGAAACGUUUAAGGUUAAGUAGAAACUAUUAUAUCGUAGACUCUACGCAAGGUAAUGGAUAUCUUAUAAAAGCUGCCGACGACUCUAUUGCGUUUUACCCUCGUCACAAAUUAGUCGAAAGUAGUAAUGGCAAACUUGCUGAAACCAUUGACGAAGCAAAGCGAGGAGUGGUUAUUGAAAUACUUGGCUAUAACAUAAACGAUGACACUUAUAAAGUAAGAUAUGAAGGAGGCGUUGAAGAUGUUAUACCAUCUAAGAACUUGAGAGAGUCGAAGCCAACACAUCUGGGACCAUUAGAGCUGGAGUACUGGAAAGACAAAAAUAUGCCAGAAAGAAUAAGAAAAUUCUUCUAA